AUGAUUGUGAUGCUAACGAUGCAGAGCUGGGCUGAGGACACCGGAGUUGAGCCAACUCCGACCACCGUUGAGACAAACCCAUAUGUGAACCCAUUAUGUGAACGCAUUAUGACCGAUCUGAACGCAUUAUGUGAAACCGGGUGCUAUCUUGAUCUAAACCAAGGUUGGGGCCAAACUGUUUUGGCCAAUAUGUUAACUGCGAUUUCCCAAGUGCGAGCAAACUUGAGUUUUCGCCGUAUUCUGGCAAAAACACCACUCGGUAAUACUCGCAAUUGUGAUGUCACCAUAAGCUUGGCCGACCAAUAUACUCCCCCGCAAACAUACGUAUGUGAUGUCAAUAUCUACGAUGACGGCACCGGUACCCAUACAUAUAAUAUCGGUCGAGUGACCGGCUGUUAAUAUGGUAACUAAUAAAGUAUUAUUAUACUUGGGUUGUUUAAUGUUACAACGAACUACAUUAAAUAUAUAUUUUUUGUUUAACAUAUUUGUCUAAAUUAUAAUUAAAAUAUAAAUCUUUUUGUAUAAUAUUUUGGG